CGGUCCUGCUAGCGAGUGACACGUUCCUCGCUCAUACUGCUCAAGUUAAUUAACGAUAAUGGAAUUCAAACCCACCGAACAUCAGCACGUCAGAUACAAUCCACUUAAAGAUGAAUGGAUCCUGGUUUCCCCUCACCGGUGCCUCCGACCCUGGAGUGGACAAACUGAGGAGUCACCUACGGAAGACCAAUCCCCUGACCUGAACAACCCACUGAGAUCUGGUGCCACCAGAGCUAACGGACAGAAAAAUCCAAUUUACACUUCUACUUAUGUGUUCCCGAACGACUUCCCAGCGCUCCUUGCACGAGUGCCUGAACCUCCACCGGCUGAUCAUCCUCUGUUUCAAUCUAGUCAAGCAAAGGGCACAUGUAGAGUGAUGUGCUUCCACCCAGAUUCGACCAUGACGAUACCGUUGAUGACUAUAGCUGAAAUUGAGGCAGUCAUUGAAGAGUGGGUCAAUCAAUUAAAGGAGCUAGGGCGCCGAUUCACCUGGGUCCAGAUUUUUGAAAACAAGGGUGCCAUCAUGGGGUGUUCCAAUCCCCACCCCCACUGCCAAAUAUGGGCAUCUAGCUUCUUACCGAACGAACCUAGAAUCAAAGACAGAACGCAAAAAGAUUAUUACAUUAAACAUGGAAAACCACUAUUAGUAGAUUACUUAAAUGAAGAAUUAAGAAAGGAAGAACGAAUAGUGAUCGAGAACACUGAAUGGGUAGCACUAGUGCCAUACUGGGCCACGUGGCCCUAUGAAACCAUGGUGCUACCCAAGAAUGGAAGUCCACAACGUCUGACGGACUUAAAUGAAGACCAGAAAACAAUGUUGGCUGAUAUCAUGAAGAAGUUGAACACGAAAUAUGACAAUUUGUUUAACUGCAGCUUCCCUUACUGUAUGGGAUGGCAUGGAGCUCCAACGGGACCCAACCAUCUACCCUCAGAUUCUCCGCACUGGCUACUGCAUGCGUUGUACUUACCUCCUCUUCUCCGUUCGGCUACUGUAAAAAAGUUCAUGGUUGGCUAUGAAAUGCUCGCACAACCACAGAGAGACUUAACACCCGAGCAAGCUGCGCAAAGGCUGAGGGAAUGCGAUCACUCAGUCCAUUAUAAAAAUAAAAACUGACGAAGAAAAAUGUCAUGAAAAACGGUUCUAACCAA